GCGGACUGACUCAGUGCUCCGUCGAUCGCGCGAAGACACCGCCGCGUCGCUCCGCGUUCGCGCCCCGACAUCGGCAUUACAUAAAUAUUCCAUUUUUUAUUCCAAACCGUAUAUCAAACGUGUAUUUCCUUGUAAAAGUGGAGCGUAUAGCUCAUAGUCAAUUUCUAAAAGUGAUUGAGUGCGUUCAAGAUUAAUCGGUUGAGUGAUUUCGGUUUGCGUUGGGAGCCGAGUGGGAAUGUGAGCCGCUGUGAUUGGUCGACGAUGGAAACCAUGGUGAACGUGUGGGCGGUGGUGGAGCAUGUGAGGGUGGCCAGUGGAGCGGCGGAGCUGGCCAUCUUCACCGCCAUACUCUACUGGUUCUUUACUUCAAGCCGCGUUGCCGACAUGCUGGAGGUGGUCGGCGAGCGAGUCGGUGGGUGGUGCGGUCGCGACUCCAACUCGCUGCGGCAGGCGGUGCGCGCGCGCCGCCGGCACCACAACGACAUUUAUACCAAACUUGAUCAGGAACGGACGACGAGAGCAUCGUCCCUGUUUCGCGUAAAAGAGGGCCCAGUGGUGCCCGCGCCGCAGCCCGCCGUGCGCCCUCCCGCCGGCCUUGCUUGUGCCCGCUGCGCUCCUGUGUCGAGGGAAUCAUGGCAGGACCCCAAAGCCACAGACACCGGGGCUGUCAUAAACAUCCUCGACAUCGGCCAACAGAAUUUUGCAAAUGGCGGCGUCGUGUCGCGCUGCCUCUGCGACUUAGCACAAUGCUGCAACCUCUCCAACUACGACUACAAGGACAUGGUCCCUGAGGUAUUAAAAGACCAGAGCUUCCAACAAGCAGUCGAAGAGUCAGCACUAAAUGAAGCCAGGAGUAAAGGCGCGGGCGAUUCCGUUACCCCAGAGCUCAGGCGAAAGGUGGAGGCCAGGGCCAUGAAGGUGCUCAUGGAUAUCAGCUCUGCCAUGUCAAAUAGGGUUCUCAAAUUAGUAGCCUGGCUGUGUCACAAGGCCGUCCGCCGGAUCGCGGGCGGCGGCUGCGGCACGCGCGCGGCGUGCGUCGAGCGACUCCGCCGCGCUAAAGCCGCCGGGUUACCGCUCAUCUUCGUGCCUUUACACAGAUCUCACCUCGACUACAUCCUCGUCACGUUCACGUUGUACCUGACUGGACUCCGGCCGCCGCUGGUGGCCGCCGGUGACAACAUGAGGAUACCGUUCUUUGGCUGGUUCCUCCGAGGUUGUGGCGCUUUCUACAUUAGACGCAGGGUCGACGGCUCCGAGUACCACGGGGACCCUCUGUACAAGACUGCAUUAAGAUCUUACAUUUUAAAUAGUUUAGCGGCUAAGAAUAAUCUAGAAUUCUUCAUUGAGGGAGGACGAACUAGGACUGGAAAACCGCAGCCACCAAAAGCGGGCAUCCUAUCAGUCAUAAUGGACGCCUACCUGGACGGCACCAUAGACGACGCCCUCCUAGUCCCGGUGACCUUGAACUACGACCGUCUGGUGGACGGCAACUUCGUGAGAGAGCAGCUCGGCAUGCCCAAGCAGAUGGAGACUUUCUGGACAGCCCUCAGGGGCAUCUGGAGGACGCUCAACACGAACCAUGGCAGCAUUAGAGUAGAUUUUAAUCAGCCUUUGUCGCUUAAGGAACUAGCAACCUCCUUCCAAAACUACAACUAUCUGAAGGCCCCCAUCGAGCGCACCCUGACCCCGCCCAACAACAACUUGGCCGUCAACCUGGACCGCCAGAUCUUAUACAACCACAGCCACAGCAGCAUGUACGGGGCCGAUGUGAGCAUCGACCACAAGAUGAUGGUGGAGGCCAUAGGACGGCACCUAGUCUAUGACGCAGCGCAAGCAACAGCUUUCAUGUGCACAAACGUGGUCUCAUACGUGCUUCUAACGGAACACAGGCGGGGCUGCACCCUCAAGCAGCUGAGCCACGCGGUCGCCAUGAGAGGCGCGGCCUUGAGCAGGGACGGAAGAGAUUUAGGAUAUACGGGGGAGGCGCCCACGUUACUCAAACAUGCUUUGGAUAUGUUGGGCCGCAGCUUGGUCAGACGGGAAGGUUCAGGGGAAAAGCAACGAGUUCGCCCACAGAGGUCCAUAGCCGCUUCACUGGAGCUGGCGUAUUACAGUAAUACUGUAGCGGCGCACUACGCCGCCCCGGCCAUUGUAGCAACGGCGUUAGAAAGCAUAAUCAGACAGCCAAACGCAGACCAGGAGAUCAUAAGGCAUACAGAGUUGAUGGAGGCAUCGCUUCAGCUGUGCGAGAUUCUCAGCCAAGAGUUCAUUCUCUGCGCGCCGUGCCACCGAAUAGAGGAAACUAUGAUGAGAGCCUUAGAGUCGCUUAUAGCCAGCGAAGUUAUCACACCUGUGGAAAGCAACAACGGUCUGGAAGAGCAGCAGUGGUCGCGGCGGUUCGCGCGCACGCUGGACGAGGAGGACGGCGAGGAGGACGAGCGGCCCGACCCCGCGCUCAGGAUCAAGUACCGCGUGUCGCAGCGGCCGGAGGCGCUGCUAGAACGCGGGCGCCUGCUGCGCACGCUGCGGCCGCUGCUGGAGGGCUACGCGGCGGCGUGCCGGGCCGUGCGCGCGGCGCCGCAGAAGGACCUCAUCAAGGCCACGCUCGACGCGCUCACUGAGGACUACACGCAGAACAAGAUGCUAUACGGCGAGGCGAUAUCCACGGACGCGAUCCGCAACUGCUGGCGCCUCCUAAAGCAGUGGGGCGUGAUCGAGCUGUACACGUGCGACAAGGUGCGCAUGCUGCGGCCCGCGCCGCCCUACGAGGCGCCGGCGCGGCGCCACGCCGUGUGCGAGCACCUGUACCGGUUCAACGUGCACAGCCCGCUGCUGUGAUACGUAGCGUAAGGUAACGUGUGGCCUUAUAUUUACUCACUGACGACUAUGUAAACUAGAUGGGGCUACUAAAACACCAAAUCAACGUGACGUAGCAAGAAUAAGCUUACCAAAUGAUACAAGCCACAGAACUGCACAGCGCUGCAAUGCGUAUGCCCACUUUAUGAAUGAACAUUUACUAUAAAGUGCUCAUGUCGUGAUUGUUUUAUUACAUAAUCAUUUUAUGAAUGAAUUAAUUCAUAAUGAGUCCAUGCAUUGCGGUUCGCUGUACAAGUUUUGCGUGCAUAUUCCGCUGUGAUAGUGACACGGUGAUUUUUAUACGUGGAGAAAUAUGUAAGGGAAUGAACGUUUCCAGAAUUGUAAAUUGUUGAAGAAUAUAUCUCUAAUGUAAUUUUAAUGUCAAAUUUGAAUAUCUCAACUGAUUGUAACUAUCUGGUUCCUCUAAGAAUUUAUUCUGGGAAUAUCCAGAAAGCGAAGGUUUUACGUAUAUUGCCAAUAACAAAAUGCAUGAACACUUGGGCAGAAGUAGUGUUGAUUACAAAGUGAUAGACCACAUGCCAGGAGCAUAUUUCGUCAGUCAUCGCCUCCCGGCUGAUAUUUAGUCAUAUGCUAUGAUAAUUUAUAUGCUGUUUUAAAUUUAAAAAAACCGUUAGCCGGUUGUAUCGCGGCGGAAAGACCGUCACCUGUAAAAAAAUACUCGCCUUACCAAUUUAUGACCGCAAAGUAUGCGUAAUGUGUAAAUUGCGUAAUCCGUUUAUGGCGUUUCAAGCGUUUCACCUGAUGAAAUGCUACAUGCAAAGUUUCAUGAUUUGUUAUUGCUAUCAUAAAAAGGUAAAGCGCUCAUGCGACCAGCUGACGUUCUUACCACCGUGAUAUAACCGGCUGACGAUUUUUUUAACUAACAAUAGCAUCUUAACUAUCAUCUGACAAAGUAUCAAAAGGGAGGCGAUGACAUUUUUUUUACGUGUUUCGGUGGCUGCCAUUCGUCCAAACCACCAACGGAGCGGCAGCUGACGUCCACGAGGGUUCAUCAUACAUAGCCGUUAACCACUAUACGAGUUUUCGCCCGGGAGGCGAUUGGUCAUGGAAAUCUGUUCCUGGCUCGCGGUAUAUUAUUAAUAUUUGACCAUUUUUGGUUUCGUAUUUAAAAGGCCUAUUUUAGCAAAUGUGUUUCAUAUUGACAAUUAUUAAGGACCUUUACCAUGUAAACCAUAUAUUUCUAUAAAUUUAUCACGGGAAUAAUGUAGGAAUAUUAAUUGACGAAAUCUUAAUACAAGCAUAAGUGACAAAUAAAGACAGUCAUAAAUAAAACAGAAAAGACAGUUUUUUAAUAGAAGAUUAAAAGUUACUAUUAAAGCACUACAAUUAUUAAGCACUGUCAUUAGUUGCAUGUCUAACUAUAAACCUCGCAAUUAAAAAUAUCCUGAGGUUUCAAACUAAUAGAAUAAAUUGACUACUGACUAGAGGACAAGACACUCAUAAAAUAGUAAAUGACUUGUCUUUGAGAAGAAAUGUUAGGUGGCAUUUAAUGUAAGUUUUUUUAUUUAUUAGAAAACUCCGUCUAUCGUUUUUUCUCGACCCUCUCUUGUCACAUAAGAAACAGUAGUUUUCUGUGUUUUUACAGUACAACAUUUAAUAUACGCAAGCGCGUAUUUAUUUUGUACAUGUAUAAGUAAGUAAGGUCUGUUUUUUUAUUCCGUAGACUAAAAUGACGUUUCAUAUGUAAGACAUGACAUUUCUUAGUACCACAUGAAAUGUCAUUUUAGUCUAUGGAAUAAAAAAACAGAAUAUAGUAAGUAAAAGCAAAGAGAAUUUUAAAUAGAUGUGGAUUGUGAAAGUAAAUGUUGUAGCCACAGUAAAUUUACUGCCAUCUUUCGACACAUGAUUAAAACUUUUAGAACCUCUAUGAUCUAGUAGAUGGCGCCAAUUUUUGAUAUUUAAUAAAUUUAAUAUAUAUCAGUGAAAACAUAAGGAUCAAAGUCAAAUGGCGUUCUAAAAGUUUUAAUCAUGUAUCGAAAGAUAGCAGUAAAUUUACUGUGGCUACAAAAUUUACUUUGACAAUCUACAUCUAUUUCAAAUUCUCUUUGAUAAAACUAAAAAAGAUAAGAGAAUUUGUUAAAAUUCCUAAACGAACUUUUGACGUAAUGAUUUCGUGUCGGGUCAUUGCAAUUUAAAGUGUUCUUACCAUAACUAUAUUUUAUAGACGAUUAUACCAUAAACAAAAAUAAAUUAUAAUUGUACGGUAUAAUUAUUUAGAGUAGUAAUAUUGACAACUGAAAUAGAUGGCGCUGUAUAGCACUGAUUGUAUUAUUUGUGGUGAAUAUCUGAUAAAUAUAAACAUCGCCAUCUAGUUCAGUAAUUAUAAUCACUACGUCAUAUUGUAAGGCUCCACGUUUUUUUGUUUGUUUAUGAUUUAAAGUAAGAGGUAUAUUUAGUUAAAUUUCCAUGCAUUAUGUUUCUAAUGAGUUGUGUGUGACUGUGUUUUGACUGAGAUUGCUCAAAGAUUAGAGCCAAAAAUAUGUCUAAUAUUUAUCUGUGAUGUUAUGUUGUCACAGCGUACAUAUUACAGAAUGUCCUCUUUAAAAUAUUGUUCAUGGAAAAAUCUAUAUUAUAAUUAUAAUGUCGGGUUUAAGGACAAGACAUGUCAAUUAUAAAAUAAUCCUUAUCGCAUUAUCCUCGUAAGGACCACUAUGCAAAAUUUUCCUCUUUCAAUUUGAACCUUAUUGUAUAGUAAAUUAGGAUCAAUAUCUUUUGUUUGAGAAAGCAACACAAAGAAAUGCUCGAGUCAGACCAAGUUUGCAGCGAUUUUAGCAGCCCAGUUAGUGCUAGUGUUAUUUAAACGUCAAACUGCUAUGAAAUUAUCUCGUUUACUUAACACUUGCACAGGCUUGGCUAUCAAAAUCUAUUUGGUUUAUGAAAGGUUCUAAUUAGAUUGAAACGUAUACAUUGUAAUGCACAUUGGGUCUUGCGAGGUACAUAUAUGUGACGUUCUUAAGCAAGCACUAUCGUUUGCCAUAAAGACACACUGACAUGUUAUUCAUGUAAAGAUACGAGCAAAUUUCGUCCUUUUGGUAAGCGACAAUGUGGUACCCUUUGCUUGAGAACGUUACAUUUCACCGCUUUACUUACUCAACCUCGUAUAUAUUUAUUAGAUACGUAUAUCAGAACCUCUAGUGUAAAUUAUUCGAUAGCGUGACGUGACGUACGCGUUUGCGUUAAGUCUCAUUUUGUAUGAGAUUUAGAAACAGCGCGCCAAGCAGGACGUUUCAGAAACUCAAAAUCCCAUACAAAAUGAGACUUAACGCAAACGCGUACGUCACGUCACGCUAUCGAAUAAAUCGAAUGCGAGUUUCAGUAAGUAUAGCGAAGAUAUGGUUUCUUAUAAACUGUGUGAAGCGAACUAUGUGUAAUAUUUACGCUGUGUCGUUGUCCUUGUGAUGUCACAGUGAUAUAAUAGUUAUGCAUUUGAAAGCAGCUAGUGUUACGUUGUAAGCUAACGGCGCAACAGCACUGCGUCGACUCUCAUACGCCGGCAUCGAACGUCGGUUGCCUGGCAACCCCAAACGUUGGCGUCAGAGGGCCUACCGCGACAACCGAAAUUGGCUAAUUGCGGGGACUUUCCUCUUUUACUCCAAUGAAGGCGUAAUUAGAGUGACAGAGAAAAAUGAAAAAACUUCGAUUUUCGCGGUUAUAGCCUAGGGAUACGAAAAAUCAUUUCAGACGCCGCAGAGAGGCAUAUAUUGUAUGUUAAAUUUGAACUUCAGGGAGGGGGGGCUGCGACGCCCAUGCAGAACCCUAAAAAACGAAGUAUAAAUGGGGGCUCAAUUUUUUUGCAUCAUAAAAAUAAGGAACACGCAAUGAAAGGCUCCUCGCUUUACUGUUGUCGUGGAGUAACCCAUUAGGUCGACGCAGUGUAUUUGCACCCCACUAAGCUAACUAUAUCUGCGACAUCCGCGAUAAUGUACGUCCAUUUUUUAAACUCAUGUCUACCGAAAACUUCAUUCAGGAAAAAUAGAACCAGAAAGAAAACAAACAUAUAACACGUAACUCGGUCAUUCGGCCAAUACGGUAAUGGAAUUAGACUAUGACCACGCUAACUUUGCACAACUUGGCAGUAAUGCAUACGUAUCCCCAUAAGCUCCGUACUUGACGUACGGGGGCUAUAGUAUGGGGUUCUUCAAAAAAGGAGUGUACGGCGAGUCGGCAACGCGUAUGGAAUAUCUCUGGUGUUGCAGGCGUCCAUAGGCUACGGUGACUGCUUACCAUCGGGCGGGCCGUAUGCAUGUUUGCCACCGACGUAGUAUAUACAAUAAAAAAUCAUAAGAGUUGGCACUAUGUCAUUGGUCGAACGACGACGGAGUGAUGUGUUUUUCUUUUGUUUAAAUUGUUUUAAGAUCUAUAUGCAAUAUAUUAUAGUGCAAUAUACUCUGCCCGUUUAGAAAAAAACAUUCGAAAUUUAAAAAUAGAGUGUCAUCAUACGCAACAAAGCACGUUGACAUUCUAUAUUUGAAUUAAAACUUUAUGUAUUUGCAAUAAGGUUUACAAUGUAUAAAUUAACAGUGUGUACGAUGGACACUUAUUAAAACCGAAUGAAGUUGAAUACGAUGUGAUCUCACGAUUGGAAUGUGUUGUAAGUCCUAAACUGUAGCAUUUGUCUUUGAUUCGUGGCUGGCCAUUGCGACUUGCGAGUCUGACAUACAGUUGAACCCGCUUAAUACGAUUUCCUGCGUAAUACACUAUUUUACACUGGUAUUUGUCUUACCUUUUUUCACGGUUAAUACGAUUUCCCGCGCAAGACGCGUUUUAUUCGGAAUCGUAUUAAGCCGGUUUUACUGAAUUAGAAUAUCGUCUUGUAGGGGCUAUUCAGAACGAAAAUAAUAACUUUGGAGUAUUUUUUUAAUAUUGCAAUGAUUUAAAUGUAAAUAUAAAUAUACAAUUUGAGAUAUCUCGAGCUUGCGCAUCAAAGCUCUGUAUCACCAUUUCAAUUUGAUAUCUCGCGACGUGGCAUGGCAACCAAAACGAUCAGAACUCAAAACUUAUAAUUGUCAAAGUUUCAAAUAGCCUCGCGAAACGAUACUUUUGUGUUAAGAAUAUCGAAAUACUCUAAGAUUUAAUGGAAACUAGAAUAACGGUAGCUGGUGUCGUUUCUGAGAAAUGGAGGAGGAACAAAAGAUGAAAUAAACGAAUCUUUGCAAAAA